AAGCGAGGGAAGUCCACAGACGAGUAUCAUCGGUAUAGGGCAGUAGGUUGAAAUAUUCGGGAGAAGUGUAUAUAUGCCAGUACUAUAGGUGAAGAUUGCAUAUAGCUACAGCCUGCAUGGAACAAGAGACUUGCUCAAGGAACUCAGAAGUCAACUAAUUCAAAGAUGGCGCCGUCUGUUGUUAGCGGCGGGGAAUUUAAACCAAGGGUUCGUGUUCGAACCGGACUUUUAGAGCUGAUUGUCGUUGUCACGUACGCCGGUCUUGUGUCAUAUUAUCCGACAAUACAGCAGUAUUUGUUUCAUCGAAUGCUUGACGAGAAACGGGAAAUAGGGGCCAGCCAUAGUCACAACGGAACCAGCAGCCUAGGCAACUCUUGUUACAACAACACCAGUGAGGAACAGGAAGCUGAGGAAAUGGCAGAACGGGAAUCUGCUGAAUGGCUUCUUUAUAUCGGCCUCUCAAACGCUGUUCCAGGAAUCUUCUCCACGUUAGUUAUAGGGGCCAUCACAGAUUCGCGGGGUAGAAAGUUGGGCAUGGUCAUUCCUACUGUGGGAACAAUGAUAAAGAUGCUACUAACCAUGCUGGUCGUAAAGUUGAACUGGCCUCUGUAUGUCUUACUGAUUGCCGGAUUUCUGGAUGGCUGCCUUGGAUCGUUUGGCACGUGCUUCGUGGCGGCAUUAGCCUACUUGGCGGACGUAACCGAGCCCGGAAAGACACGAACUUUCCGGAUAACAAUAGUACAGGCGCUCAACGGAGUCUGUGCGUCGGCUGUAUCCCUAGGAACCGGGUAUUUUAUCAGGGCGGCUGGAUUUUUUUAUCCAUUGGUGGUUGCUCUUGUGCUGUUUACGUUGGUCGUAUUUCUAGUCGUAUUGUUUUUACCUGAAACGGUCGAACCGUCAGACGAUCCUAUUAUGAGCUUCAAUAGACUGACAUCAACCGUUAAAACUUACAUCAAGCCAAGGGAAGGAAACAAGCGGCCUCAGCUUAUGCUACUACUUCUAGCCUAUCUCCUCUUAGAAAUGGUUCUGAUAGGGAAAGGAGUUUUAAGUACACUUUUCCAGAUGGGCUUCCCGUUUUGCUGGCGCUCCGUUAAACUAGGCAUUUGGAGUGCUGUGGGAACCACUGUACAGGUCUCCUGUAUGCUUCUGCUGUUACGGCCGCUCACACGAUGUGUCCAUGAAAAUGUCGUUGGUGUGUUUGGACUGUUAUCCGAGAUUGGCGAGCUUUUGAUGACAGGACUAGCUGUAAAUGACGUCAUGCUUUUCUUCGCACCUAUUGCGGGUUUCCUUAGUUCCAUGCCGGCAUCAAUGAUAAAAUCGGUGUCUUCACUUUUGGUUGGGCCAAACGAACAAGGGUCUCUGUUUGCAGGCAUCAGCAGUAUACAGUUGAUAUGUUUUACAUUUGGGAGCUCUUUAUUCAAUACUGUCUAUGCUUCGACCGUGUCCAGUUUCCCGGGUCUCGUCUAUCUGGUCAUGUCAUGUCUCAUAUUUCUGACAUGCGUCAUGAUGGGGGCUGUGGAAGUGUUGAGGAGAAAAUCUGAUCAGACAGCCUAUUUCCAGCCGAUCCCCACUGUUGGUGAAGACAGCGAUGUGGCUAACGAUGGCGAUGUUGCUGACAAUAACUGAGUGCUGGUGGACUCAUUUACAUAAAAUGUUGUAAACUACUUGGGUUACUAGAGAGCCUUAAACUAAGACGAAUUUAUAUGAAUCUAUAAUUGUCCAAAGUAACUGUUAUAUCUUGGAAUGUUUUUAGAACUUCUCGACGUUACUGGCGAUGCCCAUGAUUUAAGUUAAAAGUGUAACAGUUUUUAUGACAUCGUCGCCAUUCAAAUGAAUAAACCAGCUUCACUUUGACGUCAAGACAUUCCAAAAUCCAAGGAAAACAAGCCACGGUGUUUUGAGCAGACCGUCAGAUUUUGUGGUUUACUUCCGGUCGAAAAUAAGCUGCAAAUUCAUACCAGUGUAUAGAACAAUCGAGAAAUGAAUCAAAACAAUGAACACGUAUUAACUCUGAUGAUUUUCAGUUUUAGAUCAAACAUUUUUGCGGUUCACCUAUUUGUAAGUAUAGCAUAUCAUCAUACAACAAUCCAUGAAAUCUGUGAUGAAGACUGCAUUGAAGACUCUCCGUAUAGGUCAUGAGAGAUGUAUGUGAACGUCACGUGGUCUUACCGUUAUUGGCUCCGUAUCUUUAGAGAUAUUACUUAAACGUUUCAUAGAGAAUUGUCUCCCUUUAUUCGUGCGUUUAACGGUAAAUUACGCUAGCUAAGAGCGUUUUAUUAUGUAAAAAAAAAAACCAUCUCGUUUAACACGCCCGUCGUGUGGUUCCGUUUACUCUGGCGGUCCACAGAUGCUUGAAUUUAUACCGUUCUUAGUGUAACAUUAUUUAUUACACAAAUCGCUGAAAAAAUCCUGAGUAUAAUCCACAAAAACCUUGAAAGUUCAGAUUGUUUUCGUCAACAUAUUUGAAGGGUUUUCACGAACCAUUUUGACAUCUGCGUGAAGAUGAUGUUUUAUGUACUGGCUAUGCGUGAUACAAUCCUACACAAAAUCAGGGGGUUUUGUGUAAAUUAUAAAGCAAAGCAGUGACCAAUCACUCCAAAGUUACGAGGAAAUGACCUCCAUUUUCAUUUUAGAAUCUCUGCUCUGUGAAGAUACAUCCGAUUUCAUAAAAAUAGAAUAUAUAUGUAAAACGCAGUGCGGAGUAAGGGACAGUACUUUUCCCUGUCCCAACUGUACUUGCUCUGAAUGUCAACAUAUCAAUAAUAUCCGACAGCCAGCACAAUCGUAUAAAUGACAUUUUUCAUUAAUCUACGCCUAAUGAAGCUGAGAAUUCAGCAUUGUUAAGUGACUUACGCUUUCGUUUUUUUGUCUGUUUCAACAUUUUCAGUGUGAAAAUCUUCAGAGUUUGAUAUUUCUUCAUACAAAGCUAACAAAUUUUUGGGGUUUGACAUCAAUGCUAAUGGUACUGGUUUUAUGGUCUUGCCAUCACUCUGUAUAAUGCUACAACCGCUGUAUGCUGAUAUCAGCUACCUCCUUCAGCGUUGCCUUCUAUCUCUUGUGAUUUGUCUACACACUUCAUGAUAUCAGCUACAUCCUUCAGCAUUGCCUUCUAUCUCUUGUGAGUUGUCCACACACUUUAUGAUAUCAGCUACCUCCUUCAGCGUUGCCUUCUAUCUCUUGUGAGUUGUCUACACACUUCAUGAUAUCAGCUACCUCCUUCAGCGUUACCUUGUAUCUCUUGUGAGUCUACACACUUCAGCUAUUCAUAAUAACAGAGCAAAAUGUUAUGACCACACAUACGCUGUUGUAACCAAUGACAUUUAAAAUAAA